UACUUUUCUGGCUCUCAAACAGAAAUUAGACUCUAUAUUGCAGAAUGCUAAUGAACAACCUAUUCGCAUUUUUGUGAUGACUGAUCUUCCUGAAUCUAAUUGGACUGGAAGUUACUUAGGUGAUUUGGUUAGUGAUUCAAAUCGUUUCAAACUCUUUUUCCUCAAAGAACACGAUGAAUUGGUUGUUCGAGCAUCCGAAAAAGUGAUGGCUGUAGGACAUGGCUGGAGAUUGGCAUCCAGUGCAUUUGGUCCUGAUAGAAUUCGUGAAAUGAAGAAAAAAUGUGCUGCUGAGAAAUUGCCGGAUAUUCUCUUAUAUAUAGAGGAAACUGUUUGCAGCUGUGCUUCACUUGGUUUUAUUGGUACUGCUGGAUCCACAAUUGCCGAAAGCAUAGAACUGAUGAGUAAAUAUGGAGUAUGUUCAGGCUUCCUUUUAUGGUGGAUUGAGCAUACGGUCAUCAAUUACAAGGCUGCAUUUGGCUGUAAGUACACGUACAGUUUCAUGUUUAAAACAUAUUUUACACAGUUCUUUUGCAUAAUGUUGCUACAAAUGGAUUGUUUAGGAGAUUAAUUUAGUUCUUUAAGGAAACCCUGUUGUUUUCUCAGAAAUACAAGGAAUUCAUGAUGGACUGCAAAAUCUUGCCAAUUUCAUA